ACACUGUCCUUGCUCGCCUGCCGUCCUUGUUGUUCAGCUGGUGUUUUGUGCUUUUUAGCUGUUUUCCUGCUAAGAUACGGCUUAAGUCGCCUGAUCCUCCCGAUGGGCGGAGUGUCUGUGCCGCGUGAGUUCGGGUACGUCAUCCUGACGGUGCUCGGCUCAUGGGGGACCCUCAUGUACCUGGCGGUCAACGUCAGCAAGGCCAGGAAGAAGUACAACGUCCAGCCUCCGAUCAUGUACAGUGACACUGAGCAUGUCUACAACUGCAUUCAGAGGGCCCACCAGAAUGCGCUUGAGUGUUACCCAUCUUUCUUGGUUCUCCUGCUCCUGGCUGGGAUGAAGUAUCCGAGAGGAGCCUCUGCUGCCGGAGUUGUCUGGUGCAUGGGGAGGAUUCACUAUGCACAUGGCUACUAUACUGGGGAUCCAGACAAGCGACGCAAGGGAGCAUACAUCCACCUGGUCGAGCUGGCACUGAUCGGCAUGUGCCUGGGGCAUGCUGGGAGUCUUCUGGGCUGGGGUCGGCGCGGCUGGGGCUGGGGAUGGCGGUGGCACUGAUUGGAUGACCAGUUCCCCUGGUAGUUUCCUAGCAACAGCACUGACGAAUAGAAAUUCUCAUAUUGGUGUGUUUGUAGGUGUCACUGAUCAGUUGAAGAUGAUGAAUAAAGAAAGAACUGUUUCCAUAGGCAACAAGUAACUCCUUCACUUCAGUACCCAAUAACACACUGGAGGUCCCC